AUGGAAAACCACAAAAAUAUAAAUAACGAGCUGACUGUCAAACCAUUCUUUGGUCAGUUUCCUGCUCCAGCCACCACAGAAACAACUCAACAAAACGUCAUGUCAGAGGCUAGCACUCGCAGUGAUGACCCAGGAAAUGUCACGAAACCCAUUGGCGACCAUAAUAAAUCAAUGAGGGACUUGAAAAUGACAGAUAUCAACAGCUCGAUGAGUAAUUUGAACUUGGGGAAAAAAACCGCAUCGAUGAUGAGUAUUGAUCAAGAAGGCACUCAUGAAGAUGACCAAGGACUGUCAUCAGAAAACAGACCUGUCAGAAGAAAAUCGACGUUGAUAUUAACGGAGGAUGCCGAAAAUGAACUAAUCCAAGCGAGAAAACUGCACAACUCACAUCCUCAGGAAUCAUCAUCAUCAUCACAAACCAUCGAUAACUCCAACAGUGGUGGUGACGCUGUCAAACCAAAAUUGUUCCCGGUAGAGAUCAAGUGGAUUCAAGGGGGCUCGAAAGUGUACGUCACUGGUUCGUUCACUGGCUGGACCAAGAUGAUCAAAAUGAAGAAAGUCAAUGAAGAUGAUAAGGAAUAUAUUAUUAGAUUGAAUUUGCCAAUUGGCACCCAUAGAUUUCGGUUUGUUGUGGACAAUGAACUUAGAUUUUCCGAUUAUUUGCCUACCGCCACCGAUUCACGGGGGAAUUUUGUCAACUAUAUCGAAAUAUUAUCGGAAGAAGAGCAACCAGUAGAUGAUAAUAAUAAUAACAUUCAACCACCACAAGAAAUUCCUCAGCAGGCGGGAUUGGACGAUGCCAACCUUGCCAAAUUGAAACAAAUCCAAGAAAACCAACAAAUCUUACAAGAAAACUUGACUCCGGAACAACGUGCCAAAUUACAACAGAAAUCCAUGGCCAACAAAGAUUCUCGGUUAGGUUUAACUCAAGAUGACGAUGAUAUGGGUAAUGGGUACACUAGAUUCCACGAAAAAUCCAUGAUUAACAACGCCAAAGCCGCUGCCGCCAAAAGAGACUACACUUACACUUCGACCAUCCCAGCAAUUUUUAUCGACCCACAAGCCAUGGAACGGUAUUAUCUUACCCUUGAUCAACAACAUCGUCAAAGCGGGAAUAAUCAAUGGUUGAUUCCUCCAGCGUUACCUCCACAUUUGGACCACGUUAUCUUGAAUAAUCAACAACAAAACUCCAGCGAGGCCGGAAGUUUCAAUAAGGAAAUCAACGCCGGGGGCUCUUUACCUAUUCCAAACCAUGUCAUUUUGAACCAUUUGGCCACCACCAGCAUCAAGCACAAUACAUUAGCGGUGGCCACUACCGUGAGAUACAAGAGAAAGUAUUUGACUCAAAUAUUAUAUGCUCCAAUUCAGUAG